ACAUACACUGGUUGUCUGGUGUCUUUUUUUGUGUGCCAAGGAGCCAGUAGUUCUGCUAACCCACAAUCUCAGUGGGACAGCGCUCAAGAAUAAGUAGUCUUCUGUUCAACCUGCCACUGUGUGGAAGUAGUCUUAAUCUUCCUCACACCUGCCACGGCCGUGCCAAGCUAUAAAUACGGGAUACAUAAGAGGAUCCACCUGGUGACAGACAGUGUGAAGGAGCCAUGUUGGAUAGUGAUCCUGGCUCACAAGAGGAAUCAAGGCAAAGAUUUACAGUUCCUGCUUAACUAAUACUCCCAGUGGAGACAUAAGUAGUAAAAGGACCUUAGGAACACCUCAAGAUUUGUUUGCUUCCUUUCCGUAUUUCUGGGAUAUCAUUAUCAUCAGAAAAGGAUGCUCCUUUGAGAGAGAAGCUGCCUUGCUACUUUAUGUGUCUCUGCUGGAUUUGGGUGCUGAUGUUUCACUAGUUUUGAUAUGAAGGUUCAAGAAAACCUGGAUGCUUUUACCACACCAUAGACUGAACUGCGCCACCACAUCUGUUCAUGUUGGAGCUGUAAAAAUCAACACUUGUGACAUGUUGACAUCUGGGAUUUCCACGCAGCUCAUCCCAAAACCUGCCUCCCAUUUUGAAAGGACUUUAGUUUUUCCCAAGUAAACAAGACUAAUUUUAACAACUGAAAAUGGAGCCUUAACGUUGUAUCCAUCACACUUCAGAGUGGAGUUAUUUAAUCACCUAUAACAGUCAGGACUGUUGUGAGUGGAUUGAUGUUUCUAUGUAGCGAGUGUGCGAGUCCAGUGCAGCCUUGGAUCCAUCGUGGAACCACCACAGUCCGCCCGGGCGACCAGCAUUCGGGCCGGAGACGCUCCAAACCAGCAACUACUCUCUGGUGUUACUGAUUCAGCUCAGCCUGCUCUCCUUUGACCUGUUCGUCAACUCCUUCAGCGAGCUGCUGAGGGGUGAACCGACUGUUCAGUUGGUACUUUUCAUAAUCCAGGACAUUGCUAUCCUGUUCAACCUGAUCAUCAUUCUGUUGAUGCUGUUUAACACCUACGUGUUCCAGAUCGGCCUGGUCGCCAUAUUGCUGGAGCGGUUUAGAGCUCUGCUAAUGCUCUCUGCUCUCUAUUUGACCUUCAGUAUCAUACUCCAUUCCUGGCUUAUGAAUCUACGUUGGCUAAAUACCAACAGAUUUAUUUGGACAGACGGGCUUCAGGUGCUGUUUGUCUUCCAAAGAGCCGCUUCUGUGUUGUACUACUACUUGUACAAGAGGACCACCGAGUAUCUAGGCGACCCUCGGCUCUAUGAGGAUUCACCGUGGCUGCGAGAACUGUUCUCUCGGGUCAGACAGUGAUGCCACAGAGGCCAGGACUAGUAUGAAAGUGGCACAAUAAAAAAAUAUGGAAAGCAUAGAUGUUACAAUAAAGUGUGCGUUUGAAAAUCCAUACAAUGGCAAACAUUGGGCACUACAGUGUAUUUUAAAUGUAAUUACAAUACCACAUUCAUUUCCAAAAAUAGGAAAUACAUUCUGGCCUAAAAUGCAUUACUUGGAACACAUGCAUUAUGAAUCUAUUGACAGGAAUUGUAGCCAAACAAUAUAUUCCACUUAACAUCUCCUUCCAAUGCGGGAAGGAUUGUGCCAAAAUCUGGUAAGACGUUUUAGAACAACAACGUCUCAUCAGGCUUGUUUUGAUGUUCAGAUGGUAAAAAUAACAUGAAAAGUGAGAAAAUGAUUUAAAGUAUUCUGUUGAUAGCAGUCACCACAUGCCCUUUUUCUUUUCUUUUGUUAAUACUGUUCAUUCUUUUUUUUAAGACUAUAUUGCAGUUGUUUUAUAUACAUUUGAGAUUUGUGUUGCUUUGAGUUUAUUUAUAAUGUCAAUAUUGAACAGGAUUUAACUUUAAUAUGGCUUGGACAGUUACUGAUCUUCACUGUCUGUAAGAUCUGACAUGUGCAUCUGAGCUGGCUGUGUUUCAUUUUCACAAGAAGUGUUAAAUACUUAAAAUACAAUAAAGAUGUCUUUCAAAAUGUUUGUGUUUGUAUGAAAUGUAC